CUCAUUUUUUGAGAUGAUAGGAGUGCUGCAAAGUCCAUUCCUAAAUUCCUAUUUCUAUGUGAUCACCCCAACAUAAAUAUUUCUAUCCAUCUUGGACAGUUUUACGAACGAGGCACUGAGUCUGAAACCUCAAACUGAUCUAAGCAUGGAUAUAGCUUCAAACCCUCGUACUGUUGAAGAGAUCUUCAAAGAUUUUAGUUGCCGCCGCACUGCCAUUGUUCGUGCUCUAACCUCUGAUGUUGAUGAAUUCUACUCCCUCUGUGAUCCAGAGAAGGAAAAUUUGUGUCUGUAUGGGCAUGCCAAUGAGUCAUGGGAAGUGAAUUUGCCUGCUGAGGAAGUUCCACCCGAGUUGCCUGAGCCAGCUUUAGGGAUCAAUUUUGCCCGUGAUGGGAUGAACCGUAGAGAUUGGUUGUCUUUGGUGGCUGUGCAUACCGAUUCAUGGUUGCUUUCUGUUGCUUACUAUUUUGGUGCUCGCCUUAAUCGGAAUGAGAGGAAACGCCUGUUCAGCUUAAUAAAUGAUCUGCCGACUGUCUUUGAAGUUGUAGCAGAGAGAAAGGCAGUCAAAGAAAAGCCCAGUGUGGAUGCAGGAAGCAAGACCAAAAUUAACACAAAGAGAUCAAGUGAUGGACAUGCAAAAAGCAAUCAGAGACUUAAUGAUGAGAGUUAUGUGGAGGAGGACGAUGAGCAUGGAGAGACACUUUGUGGGAGCUGUGGAGGCCAUUACAGUGCAGAUGAGUUCUGGAUUGGCUGUGACAUUUGCGAGAGGUGGUAUCAUGGGAAGUGUGUGAAAAUAACACCGGCCAGAGCAGAAAACAUCAAGCAAUACAAGUGCCCCUCUUGCAGUCUUAAGAAGGGCAGGCAGUAAUUUCUAGACUCUGUCGGAGGAUCUAGCCUUGAAUUUGGAGCUCGAUAGUCGUAAAACAGCAUUUCAUAUACUAACAAUUAGGGAUUCCCUCACUUUUGUUUUGCUGUUCUUCACUUUGUUUCUCUCAGAUUUACUUACCUUGUGAUGUUCUUUUGGUUCUGUAUGUUUUAAUCAUAAAUAGGAUUAAUUUUUAGUCUGUCCUGCCCUGAAGCCCUUCCCUGACUCCGCCACACCCCCUCCUAAAAAAAUAAUAUGAAGUUUGUUUUCCUGAC